AAGCGCUGCAGCUAAGCUAGCGGCUUGCUAAGGAAGUUAGCAUGUGCGUUAGCGAGCCGGAGGAUGGUUCGCCGGAGGAUGGUUUCAAUUUCCCGCAUUUCAAACACUCUCUCCCACUGCUGUCCGCGCUGAGCGUCCAUUCAAAGGAUUAAGAUUCACCGGAUAAACAUUUGGACCAACUCUAAACACCAAACUGUUUAAACUUACGCACUUUUUUGUACAAUGAAGACAUUUAUCGUGAGCGGACGGGAUUGUGGAAGCGUUGCUCUUUUGUUUUGACAAAGGAAACCGAGUUUUUCGUUUCGUGGUGUUUUUUGUUUUUAGUGUUUAGAAUUAAUUUAUUAGGAUUAAUAGUCAAUGGCGCCACACAGACACUCCGGCUCCACGAUGGGCUACGGCUCUGGAGGAAAAACGAAUGGUUUGUACCCGCCGUCCUCUACCAACAAGAAGCCGAGCGUGCAGCAGAUUCAAGCGGACCACGAGCUGUUCCUGCAGGCCUUCGAGAAGCCAACCCAGAUCUACAGAUUUCUUCGCACCAGGAAUUUAAUCGCUCCCAUUUUCUUACACCGGACUUUGACUUAUAUGUCCCACAGAAACUCUAGAAACAACGCCAAAAGGAAAAACUGGAAGGUGAAUGAUUUUUUGUACAAAGUGGAGAAGACUCGAGGAGAACAGGAGAAUUUGAGUUUAAACUCUAAUCUGCAGCUCACCUUCACUGGGUUCUUCCAUAAAACGGGACGGUCGUGUCAGGACAGUGAGAACGAACAGAACUCUGUGUCUUUGGAGGUGCUUCUUGUGAAAGUUUGCCACAAAAAGAGAAAGGAUGUGAGUUGUCCAGUGAAGCAGUUCCCAGCGGGUAAAAAGUCCGUCCCCCUGAAUCCAGACUAUGGGAUUCAGAGCCGUCAGACUGGAGCCUCCCUCACUGUUCCCAGCUCUGAGUUUGAACCCACAAACCAGCACACGGUCAAGUCCUACUCCCUGCUCUUCAGAGUCUGCUGCCCCAGCUUCAGACCUGCCCAGAACCACGGCCUGGCCAAUGGGGAUGCCCUCCACAGCAGAGAUUUCUCAGAGGAAGCAGUGAACAGGAAGCGGAGGAACUCUUCUCUCAAAGACGAGACAGAGACAACUUUUGUGGCUCAGAUGACUGUCUUUGAUAAAAACAGGCGGCUGCAGCUUCUGGACGGGGAGUACGAGGUGUCUCUGCAGGAGGUGGAGGAGAGUCCCAUCUGCAAAAAGAGGGCGACAUGGGAGACCACUGUGGAUGGAAAGCGUUUGCCUCCAUUUGAAAACUUCUCUCAGGGUCCCACUCUUCAGUUCACUCUUCGUUGGACCAAUGACACCUCAGAGACUCCCCCCACCCCCACUGCAAAACCUCUGUCCACUCGCAACACAGACACCAACCAAGAAGUCAACCAGGAAGUGACCUUGGAAAUGACCCCAGACAUCACCCAUGAAACUAAAACAAUAGCAUCACCUACGCAAGCUGUUAAAGAGACUGUAAACACAGAUGCACAAAUGAAAAAAGAGCUGGUCUCAUCUGAACCACGACAGAAACUACGCAUCUUCUACCAGUUCCAGUACAACCACAACACUCGUCAGCAGACUGAAGCCAGAGACGACCUGCACUGCCCCUGGUGCACCAUCAACUGUAGGAAACUCUACAGCCUCCUCAAGCACCUCAAACUGUCACACUCACGUUUCAUAUUCAACUAUGUGCCUCACCCUAAAGGAGCUCGGAUUGAAGUGUCCAUUAACGACUGUUACGAUGGCUCUUACGCUGGAAACCCUCAAGACGUGCACAGUCAGCCCGGAUUCGCCUUCAGCCGGAACGGACCAGUCAAACGCACUGCCGUCACUCACCUCCUCGUCUGCAGACCGCGGAGGUUAAAGCCGAGUCUGUCCGAGUUCCUGGAGUCUGAGGACGGAGAGCGGGACCAGACCAGGACCUACAUCAGUGGACACAACAGACUGUAUUUCCACAGUGACUGCUGCAUGCCCCUUCGAGCGCAGGAGAUGGACAGAGACAGUGAGGACGAGAGGGACCCCGACUGGCUCAAGGAAAAGACUAUCAAGCAAAUUGAAGAUUUCACAGACGUCAACGAAGGAGAGAAAGAAAUCAUGAAGCUCUGGAACCUCCACGUCAUGAAACACGGGUUUAUCGCUGAUAACCAGAUGAACACCGCGUGCCUUCUUUUCGCCGAUCUCCACGGGCCGUACAUCGCCCAGAACGAUUUGUGCCGAAACUUCCUCCUCCACCUGGUCAGCAUGCACGACUUCAAUCUCAUCACCACGGCAACCAUCGACACCGCCAUGUCCAAACUACGGGACGUUCAGAAACUGCAAAAACCCAAACCUGAGUGCGGGAGUGCCAAUGCGGAGGAGGAAGACGAGGAGGAAGAGGAGGACUGGGAGACAGCUGCCGAAUCACAACCGGAUAACGAGUCGGAAGAGUUCAAAAACUGCUCGGAAACGAUGAACGGAGCAGAGGCGGAAGACGCGAGAUGAAAAUUUACAGGAAAAAAACUUGAACUGUCACUUGUAAAACUUGAAUAUUUGAAUGUUAAAUGCUCUGCCUUAAAAUGAGUGGAAUUACAUGGAUCAAAGUGGCACGAUUAUGAAGUUUUUUUACUUUUUUUUUUUUAAUUGUCAGAAAAUAUAGUUGGACCUUUGGGUUACAAAACAUCUUAAAUUAUGAGGUACUCCUGACCAAGAUUCUGUUUGAAAAUCUGGACAAAGUAGGGUUGCAAAUACUAAAUACUAGUACAUAGCUCUGUGUCUCCGACCCAAAGUGCACUCACAAGACUACACCAGCAGGGGGACUAUUUAUGCAGAAAAAAGCACUAGUAAAUAAUGUAUUUAUAUAAAGACAGAUUCAACUUGUGAUGUCAUGAGUUUAAGCUGCCUUUUUACAUAGAAACUCCAGCUAACUCACUCACUUCUCCUUUUGGCUCUUGUCCCUUAUAAAUUCCUAACAUCUAAAUAAAAUGAUUAGUCAACUAAAGCUAUUCAAGAAAGGUUAAUUUCUGUCCUGUGAAUGUGAAGUUUUUAGUAUCGAUACUUCCUCUAAUGAGUAUCUAGUUUCAAUACUAGUUCUAGUAUUGGUUUGGGUCUGAUUUUCAAUACUUUUGACAACCCGAGCAGUCGUUGGCCUUCUGUUGCAUCUCUAAAAUUUACUUUUACUAUUCCAUAAAUUGAAAAUAUAACUAAUUGUAAAAGUAAAGUACAUGUUCUAUUAAAUGAAUUCAAAAUAUUUCUUUACUGUAAACUUACAGGUGCACUGUGUAACAUUUCUGGUAAGGAGUCUGCCACAAGCUUGUUUCCAUGGAGAUAUUGUCGCUUUGCCUCGAAGUUUCACAGUAUGGCAUUGAACUCAUCUGUGUUGCUUUUAUUAAUUUACAGAUGUUUUACUGCUCAAAAAUACUACGAAAAACAUCCACACAUCUGACGCAUAACUUGGCCUGGAGGCGUUGCAAGCUUGUCUCCGUGGAAACAGAUACGUUGUAAUGCCAUGCUGUUAAACAUUUUAGACAAAGCAAUAACGUUUCCAUGGAGACAAGCAGGUGGCGGACCCUCUAUCAGAAAGUUACACAGUGCAGCUUUAAUGAGAUUGUCUUCAGUGAGGGCAAAUUUUUUUCAGAAUUUUAGUACUAGUAUUAAUUUUACUGAGCUAAUUUUCUAAUAUUUAUUAAAACUUAAAUCAGCUGAGGACCCUAUACACCAUUGUAGAAUACAUUUUUAUUUAAGUCUUAUAUUUUCCUGUAAAUUACCACGAUCGUGACACUUGGGUCCAUGUAAAACCACCUCCACGUCUCGACCAAGAAGUGUAAAUAAAAAAGACUAGACUUUUUCAUUCAUUGUUGCGCAUAGAUCUAGAAACCAAAGUUGUUUUUUUCUACCAACUUCCAAAUGUCUACUUAUUUAUAAUGGUGCCACCACCCAUCUCCCAUCAAUUCAAGUUUUGCCAUUUCUCUUCAACUCAAACCUUAAAUGUUUUAGUUUCAUCAUUUGUAACUGUGUAAAUGUCAAAUAGAAACUAUAGAAAUCUGCUGCGCCAAUUUUUAAUAAUUUGAUCCAUAUCUUUUUGUGAAAUUCAGUGAUAUUAUGAAAUUUUGUUUUGCAAAUAUUCAAUUAUGUUUUGGUGUUCACGCGAUUUCAUGAAGCUACAGAUUUAAGCACAAUUGUAUUUUUCUUUUCAGGCAGCAAAAUUUUCUACUCGGUGCUGGAUAUUUUUGGUAAUUAUUGCUGUAAAAAAUACAAAAAUGUGACAUGUUUAAAUGUAAACAGUCAACCAUUAAAGUUUAAAAACUA